UUCUCAUGCAAAAGGGCUAAGAGAAAGACCAACCUAAACCAGAAGCUAACAUCUGCAGGGAGGAGCUCCAUGGAAAAGGCAAUGCUGGCCGCUGUCUUUGCCGAUUCCAAUUCCAGCAUCAUGAAUGUGUCGUUUGCCUACCUCCACUUUGCAGGAGGGUACCUGCCAUCUGACUCCAAGGACUGGAGGACCGUCAUUCCGGCUCUCUUGGUGGCUGUGUGUCUGGUGGGCUUCGUGGGGAAUCUAUGUGUGAUUGGCAUCCUCCUUCAUGGUGUUUGGAAAAGCAAGCCGUCCAUGAUCCACUCCCUGAUUCUGAAUCUCAGCCUGGCUGACAUCUCUCUCCUGCUCUUCUCUGCACCUGUCCGAGCUACAGCAUACUCCAAAGGUGUCUGGGAUCUCGGCUGGUUUGUCUGCAAGUCCUCUGACUGGUUCAUCCACACAUGCAUGGCAGCCAAGAGUUUGACAACUGCUGUAGUUGCCAAAGUAUGCUUCAUGUAUGCAAGAGACCCAGGCAAGCAAGUGAGUAUCCACAACUGCACCAUCUGCUCAGUGCUGGUGGCCAUCUGGGUUGUAGCCAGCCUGCUUCCCCUGCCAGAAUGGUUCUUUAGCACCACCAGACUUCACGGAGGUGUGGAAAUGUGCCUCCUGGAUGUGCCAGCUGUGGCCAAAGAAUUCAUGUCAAUGUUCAGUAAGCUCUACCCUCUCCUGGUGUUUUGCCUUCCUUUACUUCUAGCCAGCUUCUAUUUCUGGCGAGCUUAUGACCAAUGCAAAAAGCGAGGUACGAAAACGCAAAGCCUUAGAAACCAGAUGCGCUCAAAGCAACUCACAGUGAUGCUGCUAAGCACUGCAGCCACCUCUGCUCUUCUGUGGCUUCCCGAAUGGGUAGCCUGGCUGUGGGUAUGGCAUCUGAAGGCUGGAGGUCCGCUGCCACCACAGGGUUUUAUAGCCCUGUCUCAAGUCCUCAUGUUUUCCACCUCUACAGCAAACCCUCUCAUCUUUCUAGUGAUGUCUGAAGAGGUCAAGGCAGGCUUGAAAGGCCUAUGGAAAUGGAUGAUAACCAGAACGCCUGCAGCUGCCUCAGAGGUUCAGGGGGCACCAGCGGGAAACACAGAGGCCCUCCCUGACAAGACUCCGUCUCCAGAGCCCCAAACAUCCACUCAAGAGACAGACAGACCUGACUUUCCCAACUCCAGCAAAGAGAAAACUGACAAGGCAGUGGCUCCCAUCCUCCCUGAUGUUGAGCAGUUUUGGCAUGAGAGGGAUGCGGUCCCUUCAGUGCAGGACAAUGACCCUGUACCCUGGGAACAUGAAGGCCAAGAGACAGAAGGCUGCAAUUAAUGGACUUGAUUUUCAAAGAAAAACAAAUUGUCAUUAUUGUAUUUACUUGGGCUGUUGCUUAGCCUUAUCCUGACUCUAAGUUACCAUUAGAAAUUGCAAAGGUUUCUAUCUGCAUUUUCAAACCAUUCAACCGGUAAGUAGACUGGCAUGCAGUGCUUAGGCUUCAGAGUUCCCUGUCUAAAGAACUCGUUACAAGUGUUAUGUAAAGUGAUUAUUGGGUUCACAGUAACAUAUGCCCAGGGAACCCCCUAAACACAGCCAGGUACUGCACUGGCUGAAGUAGUUUAUCAGACUGAGCCCAUGUUCUCUCUAUCUUCCCGAAACUGCUGGCCUCAAGUCAGUCAGCAAGUUAUAUUUCACCUAAGCAUAGCUCAAAAUCUGUGUCUCCUCUGGCUUUUUUAAAAGUGUAAAUUUUACUUGUAGUUCUCUUCAUUAGCUUUUAGCACAUGCUAAUAUCAAGUCCAUGUAAUUUUCCUGAACAAAAUUUACAAAAUAAUGAAUAGAUCUUCUAUUCUGGGCUAACUUCAAACCAUGGCUUUUGGGGCCCAAGUUUAAGUAAAUUCAAGUUUUGCCUUACAGUAUAAAAGCUGUUUCAAUCUUGAAAAAUAUACCUGAAUGAGUUUUGGAUUAAAAUUCUGAGAAUAUUAGUAGCCUAACAUGACAUUCUAUAUGUAUCACAAUGCAGAGAAUUUUCAAACUAUAAUGUCUCUUCUCUUCUAAGAGUAUUCUCCUUGAUCUCUGUUCUUUAAGGUAGACUGUAAGCUGAAGCUAAUGAUACAGGUAUUAGCUACUGGUUAAAGACAAGCAUAAAGGACAAUGAGGGGGGACUUUCCCUGUGUCAUCAAACUUGAAUACCCUCAACUUUUAAAAUAUUGCAGGGCUUCUAAGAUAUAUAAUCAAGUGAAACAAAAUGGAAUAAUACACAUUCAAAAAGAUAGAGAACGCAGCAAAUAAUAACACGAAAUUUAGGAAACACGAGAAUGGUCCCAAGGACUAUGCAAAGCAAAGAUCAAUAUAAGCACUCGGAGCUCCUAGAUGUGGAAAAUUUGAGUAGAGCAGCAAGCCAAUAAAGCAUGAUCGUGCAUCCCCUUUAAAGAUAAAAAGACACUUAGGAUUCUUAGCUGCUCCAUUAAGGGAAUUUUGGGAUUUUUCCACUGUUGGGUACUUCUGAGAAUAAGAAUGCCUCUAAAACAAGCAAGGGAGGAGUUUGGGGAAUAUUCUGUACAGUACCAAGAACUGUCAUUUGCAAUAUUCAGUCUUGAAAUGAUUUUACUACAAAAGGCUGUAGUAUUCACCAGAGACAAAGCUGCCUUCCUUUUCACUUGUUUCAGGAUAAACUGGAUUUGAAGCUGUCAUUUUAAAAUAAAUAAUAGUAUAGCCCAAGAUUCCAAAAUAACUGCUUUGUGAAUCCAGAUACAUGAAGAGCUGCCACUGGAACUGAAAAGAAGC